AGCGGCACAUGCAGUGACAACCUUGCUCGUUGAACGUCAGAACGGCAGCUUGCUCUAUCAAUAGCUAUGGAAUCUAAUAUAUCUGUCGACCUCGGACGAUAUCGGAGAAUCAUGCAAAUGUUUUGGGAUCCCGAGCCUUCCAACGAUGUGAACAGUGAUCAGCCUGUUUGGUGUCUGGGCCGCUCUUACAAGCUAGACGAUUCCAGCUCCAGAGCUGCAGGCAAGACAACCUCCGUUAGCCACGAUGCACCAGAAUCCAGUCCACUAGAUGCCGCUGCUACCUCGCCUCCGGCCCAAAGCCCUCCGCCAGUAUCCAAAUCGUCAGUAAAUGCGCUCGAAACACCGCCAGCGUCCACCUCGAGUAGCCUCUCAUCAGCGGUAGCUGACGAGGAGCCGCCUCCAGAAAGAGGAUGGCCCUCAGCAUUCGUGGAAGACAUGGCAUCCAAGUUUUGGAUGACAUACAGAUCCGGAUUCGAACCUAUACCAAAAUCUGUGGACCCAAAAGCUGCAUCUGCUCUUUCAUUUUCCAUGAGGAUCAAGAGCACGCUUUCAGAUUCAGCUGGCUUCUCUUCCGAUAGUGGCUGGGGUUGCAUGAUUCGUUCUGGGCAAUGCCUUCUCGCCACAACUGUCGGCAUUCUGCGAUUAGGUAGAGACUGGCGGCGCGGCCAAUCCCAGGAAGAGGAACGCCAGCUAAUAAGCAUGUUUGCCGACGAUCCAAGAGCCCCAUAUUCAAUCCAUAACUUUGUACGCCACGGGGCCACAGCUUGUGGAAAGUUUCCGGGCGAGUGGUUUGGUCCAUCUGCUACUGCUCAGUGUAUUCAAGCUCUCACAACUUCUUCAGGACUUCCUCUUCAUGUCUACUCACCCAAUGACGGCCAGGAUGUUUACGAGGAUAGCUUUAUGAAGAUCGCAAAGCCCGAUGGACAAACUUUCCAUCCGACAUUAAUUCUCAUACGGACACGCCUCGGCAUCGACAAAAUCACUCCAAUAUACUGGGACGCUCUGAUCGCUGCUCUCCAUAUGCCACAGUCUGUUGGUAUUGCUGGCGGCCGCCCUGCAUCUUCCCAUUACUUCGUGGGUAGCCAAGGGAGCUACCUGUUCUACCUAGAUCCUCAUCAUACACGAAAAGCCAUUCCAUAUCACGCCGAUAUAACCAAAUAUACCGAAGAAGACAUCGAGUCAUGCCAUACCUCUAGACUGCGUCGAAUUCACAUCAAAGAAAUGGAUCCGAGCAUGCUGAUAGGUUUUCUUAUUCGUACUGAGAGUGAUUGGACUGAAUGGAGACAGUGUGUAGCAAAUGUCCAAGGGAAAACUAUCAUCCAUGUGGCAGAUCAUGAGCCUGUGCUGUAUAGCGGCGAGGGCAGAGAUGGCGCGGUGGAUGAAGUUGAGCUAUUGAGUGACGAUGACGACAUGACGGCAACAUAAUGUUAUGAUCGAGAGCCGUCUUUGAAUAGCCAAGCACUCACACUCAGGAUAGAUGGUUAUGUCUUGGGACUUUAUAUCGGCGACUGCAUCUGGAGCGAGGGUGCUUUAUUUUUCCUCUACCCUGACUUUUUAUUCCAGCAUUUCACAGACGGCGUCAUAUGAAGACCCCGGUUCACGGAUACGAUAUGUCGGAUGACAAAUUUUUCACCUCUUCUUCCUAUUGCCGAUAUCUCUAGAUUGCGUAAUGGGGGCAGCGUGUCCGAAAUCGCGAAUAUGUUUAAAUAGCUUCGUCUUAGAGUCAAACUCUGCUGUGCAGACAUUGCAUCGAUGCU